CGUCGGCUCGGCUCGGCUCGGCUCGGCUCGGCUCGGCUCGGCUCGGCUCGGCUCGGCUCGGCUCGGCGGGCUGAAAUUCAUUGCCAGGCAAAAUCGGUCAUUGCCUAGGAAACAUGACCAUCCUGUCUGACAACUUGUCAUGCCACCACGCCAUCGAUGACUUCCGCAACAGAGUGUACUCCACGUUGUAUUCCAUGAUCUCGAUUAUGGGCUUUGUGGGAAAUGGCGUCGUCCUGUAUGUACUCAUAAAAACGUAUCGGCAGAAGACCGCCUUCCAGAUAUACAUGCUUAACCUUGCCGUUUCCGACUUUCUGUGUAUUUGCACACUGCCUCUUCGUGUUGUGUAUUAUGUCCACAAAGGAAACUGGUUCUUCAGUGAUUUCUUAUGCAGGAUCAGUUCGUACGCGCUCUAUGUCAACCUGUAUUGCAGCAUUUUUUUCAUGACUGCAAUGAGCUUCUUCCGUUGCAUAGCCAUCGUUUUUCCAGUCCAGAAUAUCAACUUGGUAACGGAGAAAAAGGCUAAGCUGGUCUGCUUUGGCAUCUGGAUUUUCGUUACCCUCACGAGCGCUCCCUUUCUACGCAAUGGAAGUUACGAACAUGGCAACAAGACCAAGUGCUUCGAGCCUCCCGAAAAUUCCCAGAAGACAAAUCUAGUCGUGAUCCUGGAUUUCAUUGCCCUGUUUGUGGGCUUCAUUUUUCCUUUCAUUGUCAUAACUAUCUGUUACACCAUGAUCAUACGGACCUUACUGAAAAAUUCCUUGAAGAAGAAUCAGGCUAACCGCAAGAAAGCCAUCUGGAUGAUCGUCAUCGUGACAGCUACCUUCCUGGUCAGCUUCACCCCCUACCACAUCCUGCGCACAGUCCAUCUCCACGUGCUGAGGCUGAAGAACACCAGCUGCGAGGAUGCCAUCUACUUGCAGAAGGCCGUGGUCGUCACGCUGCCCCUGGCCGCUUCCAACUGUUGCUUUGACCCGCUCCUCUAUUUCUUCUCGGGGGGCAACUUUCGGAAGAGGCUCACCACGUUUAGGAAGGCCUCUUCCUCCAGCUUAACACAAGCAUUCAGGAAAAAGUUCUCCAUAAAAGAGAAGGACAAGGAACCCUUUGGAGAAAGCCACAGAGAAAACGGGACUGUGUCUGUGGUCCCUUCGUAGGGUGGCCGGGCUUCCCCGCGUGAUCUCAAGCAGGCAGCAGAGCUCGCAAAACUGUUCCGGUAGAAAUGAGGAAAGCCCGCACGUCGCUGCCGCAAUUAGAUACGUGAUAAUUGGAGCGGACGGUCUCCGGUUUAUCCCGCUCGGGAGUGGUGCCGGCACGGCGGCCGGCGAGGAGCUGCCCGCCGUGCCAGCGCGCUCCCAGCCGCCCCGGGCAGUCGACGGCGGGCGGCAGCAGGAAGGGGCCAACGGGACGACAAGCCGGUGCCGGCGACCUCCUCCGAGCCCGCGUCCGGGCACCCGCAUCGCUCUGCGAGGUGACGAGGAGCGGCGCUUCCCCUGUCCCCUCCUGCCGCGCUUCCUCGGCGCGAGAGCCGCGGCAGCGCGCCGCCCGGCCCGGCCCCCCGCCUGCCGUCUCGGCCUCGCUGGAGGGCAGGUGGACUUCACACGCGUCCCCUGGGAGCAGCUUGGCGUCGGCGUGGCGUGCAUUUACUGCGUGUCGGUGAAUUGUCCCCUGCAGUGCAAUGGGUGUGCAAAACCCCGUGCGUGUGUGCGGCUCCGUGAAUGCCCACGCUGGCAUUACAGCUAGAGCUGCGCGAGCUCAGAGUCCAGUGCAGAACCCAACCUCCCCGCUUGAGAGUCAGUAGAAGUGGUCUUUUUUUUUUUUUUUUUUUUUAACCAAAUAUGGGCUCUGCGGCCCCAUGCAAGAUGGUCUGUCUUUCUGACAUCUUGCAAAGAUGCAGCCCCAGGCCCAUGGGAGGAUCUUUGGGAAAAACUGGACACGAGGUGUCCGAGUGCCAAAUGUCCAUCAUGAGCCUGGGCGACACAGGGCUGAAACCUGUUUUGCCUGCAGCAUGAUGGAAAGAGGGUUUGGGCCAUGUUUUCUUUGUAAACAGAAACUUCCAAAUCUUCAAAAUCACAAAGCAUUCCUGUGCUUUUCAGGUGAACCUGCCAAAAUGCAGCUGUGCUGCCUUCCUUUCGGUGGGCGCAGCAAAGUCUGCGCGGCGGGAUGCGUGAUCCAUCCAGAGAGAAACAGAGCUUCGCAUGGGAUUAAGAUUUUAGCCAGAAAACAGGGGUUAAUGAUGAAAAGCAAACAUGUUAUGCUGUUGUGGUUUUUAAGAAGUUACUUGAUGUUAUCUUACAUAAAGAGAAUUGUGACACUGUAAAACAAGAGUGAGCCAGAGGGUUUGGGUCUGUGGCCGGAGAGGGGGGUCUGCUAGAGAGAAAUGAUCUCUGCGCUGACACAGGAGGGUAAAUGUUCUCUGGGUCAUCCAAAAGCAUUUUAAAAAGUGAAUUCAGCUGCAAAACAACUUAUGGAUGUGAAUUUUUAACAAACCUGAAACCUCUUUAGAAAAUUUUAGGGGCCUAUAAAUGGGGAAAAGCCUGGAGACUGUUUGCAUGGAGCCGGGUUCGUUGGCACCGUUCCCCCAGGGCCUGCUGCGGGCGCAGCGCAGUGCAGUUCUGCAGGUACAGACUGCGCUGGGGAAAUGCCUGUAGCAUGGGAAAGGGCUAAAACUGCUUCUUAAGGGUUACUAUGGAGUAUUAUAAAUGUGUCUCAAAGCAUAAGGGAAUGUGUCACUGUAAAUAUAGAUCACCCUGAGAAACUGAGUUUCAGAAUAUAUAGAAAUAAUACGCACCUUCCCAAAUUUUUAUUGUUGGUGUAUUGUACAGUAGAGCUAUAUAUAAAAAUAUGUUACAAACCAUCAUGAAGACCAUGGAAAUGGCAGGAGAAAUGGCAGAUUUUUUUUGCAAUGGGGAAAGCUAUUUAUGAAACAAGACUUGAGCAAAUUAAGCGGACGUGUUGCAAAUCAAACU